AUGGUUCCAUCCCGCCCGAUGGUCUCUCCGACCCUCUCAUCUCCACUGGGAGGAUCUGGACCAGCACCUUUGGAAAAGGAUUACCAUACUCUGGAAUUUCGACUCACUCACGGACACUGGCGAAUUUUCGAUUCUCAAAAAGCGUUCGGGAACAAGGACGCGUCUGUAUUGGUUUUCGACAAAAAGAGCAAUGUGAAGGCUCCGCCGAAACUCGGAAAAACAAAAACCUACUCGAUGUUCGAUCUCAUCAAGUACGAAACCCAACAACUGAUGGGCCUAGUUCAUCCAAGAAUCUUACACAUGGAGCAUAAUUUGGAAGAAACGAAAGAUUACUUCUCUUUUGCCACUGAACAAAUUUUUGGCAACUUGGAAUCAAUUGUGACUGACGACUCUGUGGAUCGACUUGAGAUCAGACUCGGUGUUCUUCAGAUCAUUGAUGGAUUGUCAUACCUCCACAACUCUGCAAAGAUGCUCCACGGAAAUUUGACUCCUGAUGCCAUCUAUGUCACAGCAAUUAAGACAUGGAAAAUUGGAGGUUUUAGUUUUUCAGUCAAUGCAAAGGAACCGAAUUGUUUCCCUUGUUACCCAUGGACCAAGAAACUUCCUCCAUGCCUACAACCAGACCUCGAUUUCCUGGCUCCAGAAAACUUGGCUCAAGGUCAAAGUACAGUAACCAGUGCCGCUGACGUAUUCUCUCUUGGAGUUUUGAUUUGCUGGAUUUAUGCAGGUGGAAAACGUUUGAUCGAUGCAAAGAACAAUCUGGAAACAUACCAUAUUAUUGUGAAUCAACUCGAUGCGGCCCUUCAAUGCAUCUCGAAUGAAUUGGGUCCGAAUCUGAAGGAUUCGUUGUCUAAAGUUCUCUCAUUGGAUGUUGUACAACGUCCAGCUGUUCAAUUGCUGACACUUAUCAAGCAUUUUGAUGAUCCAGCUCUCUCGGCAUUGCGACAAUUGGAUGAUAUCUCUCAGAUGUUCGAUCCAUCGCACAAGUCACAUUUUUUGAGUCACACUCUGAAUCAAGCGAUUCCAAAUAUCCCCGAAUCAAUAUGGUUCAAUCGGGUCUUGCCACGAUUCAAUGAGCAAUUGUGGGAGCAACCAGAUCUCUAUUACUUCAUCACCAAACCCCUCUUUCAUAUUCUCGAACACUGCGAGAGCCAUAACAUUCACAAAAUGAAGCCGUGGAUUCGAAAACUCAUGGAGAACGCAGCCCAUAAUAAACUUCUUCGUGCAUUUAUUCUGGAGAACAUGUCGGCGUUAUUCAGAAGACUUUCCGAUGAAUUUGUCGAGGACAAAUGUUUGGAUGUUAUCAUUUUGUCGUUGAAAUCGGAUGACACAUCACUUCAAUCAAGCGCUGUUCGUGGCCUUCCCCAUGUUGCUGAGUACUUGCCAAUCUCAUUCAUCACCAAAAAACUUCUUCCAACAAUUAUGAAUCUUCCUCCAUAUCUUCAAGACAACGUUCCUCGUCAGCUGGACCUGCUUGCUGCACUGGCAGCUCUCUCUGAUCGAUGUGAUGUGGCGAAUGUGGCUUUUCUGUUCGGAUGUAUAUCUUUGUGCAACUCAACACAUUCUGUCAUUGUCCAUGCCAAGUCAAGAAUCGCUCAGCGUCUUGUCAUGCGUGAUCCAAAUCGACUGAAAGAUGCUCAAUUGAUGUGUGUUCAUCUUCUAAAUCCCCUCGUCACCGGUCUCGCUUGUGAUGAUUUGAGUAAAUUCAGUUGUGCUCAUUUCGAUGACAUCAUGAGCUCUGUGAGAAUUCUUUUGGAGAUUCUCGAGCAACGACGUUACGAGAUGGAAGAUCGUCAAGAGCACAAACAAAGCAAUCAUCAUCUUGGAUUGAAUCGUCUUGGCAAUCGACGAGUAUCCAUGUCAUCUACCAAUUUGCCACGUGUAAUGAUUAGUGCCGCCCGUCCAUCAUUCUCUUCCGAUUCUCGAAAAAUGUCAUUCCUCUCCGCUGAUGGCCGAUUGGAAGACCGUGGUAGCAGACGAGAAUCAAGAGACUCGCGUGGAAGUUUGGAGAGUGAUAUGAGUAUUCGAAUAGGAAACGGGUCGGAUAUAUCGGAUGAUUCCUGUUUUUCAAGUCAUUCGGCAAAGGGAAGACGGCAGAGUUGGCUGGAUAAUUAUGGGCAUUCUGUUAGUUUGGAGCAAAAUACAAAUGGAUUUUUGGAAACGACAUCUAGAAAUUUAGGAGAUAGAAAUAGUAUGAAUUUCAAACAAAGGAAUGCGCGCGCUUCGGAAAGAAGAGCCCGUACCCGAUCACCGAAUGCUGAACUAGAACCACACCGUGAACAUCCCCCAGCUCGACCAAAUUCAUUCUCGAAUCUCGGACACAAUAUCGUACUCACCUACCGUAAUCUCAUGUAUAAUAACAAAGAUCACACC